UGCAUUGGAUCCUUCGCCCCUACAAUCCAUCCCCUUCUUUAACGUCUUCUUGCCAGCCCAGCCAGUAUUCUUAUUUCUUCCUCUCUCUCUCUCUCUCUCUCUCUCUCUCUCUCUCUCUCUCUCUCCCUCUCACCUGGACUGGAUCGAUCUGCAGCUGCUGGAAUUGAAUUCCCCAAAACCGAUCCAACUUUUGGCAGCUUCUGCAACCGAUCGCUUCCCUCAUCACCCAUCAUCGUCUCCGAUCGACACACUCUCUCUCUCCUGGGUCCUGUUCUGAUGAACAGAAGCUGGGUCGUGUAAAUUGGGUUCUUUUUGUUCUGGAUGUCAUCUCGAUCGGCUGAGUGGUAUUGCGAUCGGAUUAAUUUUUGUAGUGUAAUUUUGGGGAAUUUCCGGUUUCUUGUAAUUUCCCCCCUUCAGUUUCAUCCAUCAUGAUGAUGAAGGCAUCAGAAUUGAAGCCGUUAUCAGAGCUGGCCCAGGUACCGAAUCCCGAGGAGGAGGAGGAAGAGAAAGAAAAAGAGGAGAAGGCGGUUCUUCUUCCCUUUCCCAAAAAAGAUAUUCUCGUUCUCGAUGGUCCCGCCCUAAUCCUCCGACGUCCCAGCUCCUCCUCGGCGACGGUUGUGGAAUCCGAUAGCUGCCAGGAUCCGCCCGAGUCCGAGAUCCUCAUCGCGCCUCCUAUUAACCCACAAGAGUACUCUUCUCCGUCAUCAUCGGCAUCGAGCAACCGCGACGACGACCGAAAUAGUCGCCCCAACGAAGACGGAACGCCGGUGCAACCGCUACAAGAUCAAGGGGGAAUACCCAGACGCAUUUUGGUUACGACUCCUAAACUGGAGGAGGUGAAAUUGGCGUUUUCCGGAGGAGAAAUCGAUGUUGAUCAAGAAGAUGGGAUGAAGACUCCCACUUCUCCGGCAAGCAAAAUCUCGCCCAUCCUUUCCUGCCCGCCGGCUCCCCGGAAGCCGGCGUCUCGUCCGAUCCACACCAAGCGCAAAUUGGCCGCCCGCAGAGUGCUGUUUCAGGAUUACUCCGACGAGAUUCAGGCCCUGUUUUCUCCGAAUAUCGCAUCGGAUUCCGCCGCCGGCAAGAUCAAGAAAGUACGACUACCUCGACCCUAGUUUGUUGGCUAUCGUCUAGCUACCGGCUGCUGGCUGGCUGGGCGGAUCUGAAUCUCUAACCCACAAAUGUAACCUCCCCAGCAGCCUGCUCUAAUAGAGUAAUUAGUACUCCUCGAUGGUUGAUUAGCCCUCCAACCCGUGAUUUGUAUGUGUUACAUGAUCUCCUUCUGUUUUCUAUGGAGAAAAAAAACGCUGGAGGUGAUGAUCAAGUAUAUUAGUAAAUCGGUGAAUUGAUCUGAUAUAUAGGAGCAGGCAGCACAUUUAGCUUAAUUGUAACUUUAGUAAUCUCUCGUCUCGUGUUAAUUAAUUUUGCUUCUGUUUCUUCUUUUACUUUACAUAUGUGUACAAGUAUAUGCAUAGAUCGAGAUUACUGUUUCCAUCUCGAUCCUCAACCUCUGUCAUUGAUGGAAUGAAACGUGCACUGCUGC